GUGAGAGAUCAUCCCCUGAGAUAAGUUUCGUCGUCUCUGAGGGCUCACAGAGGCCGUGAAGGGAAUGGAUGUUUUGGCUCAGACCACUCUUUAGGCCAAGGGAGGGACUAGAACUUUCUGCAGCCGGCAGCUCCGCGGCGGGCUCCCGUCAGCCAGCCUGGCCCACGUCCCUCCCUCUCUCCCCCUCGGAGUCCGGCCCACCCUCCCUCGCUCGCUCCCCUCUGGCAGGACCGAGCAACCAGUCGAGCGCAAGCAGGCGACACCAGCCGGCGUUACCACCUCUGGCACACAGGCGUAAAACACACGCGCACACACAUACACAACGGGCACGGACACCGACCCGGCGCCAUGACCCACUUCAACAAGGGCCCCUCUUACGGGCUCUCCGCCGAGGUCAAGAACAAGAUUGCUUUGAAAUACGAUCCACAGAUAGAAGAAGAUCUCCGCAACUGGAUUGAAGAAGUUACUGGCAUGAGCAUUGGGGCAAACUUUCAAUUGGGUUUAAAGGAUGGCAUCAUACUGUGCGAGCUUAUCAAUAAACUUCAGCCAGGAUCAGUAAAGAAAAUCAAUCAAUCCAAACUAAACUGGCAUCAGCUGGAGAACAUUGGAAAUUUUAUAAAGGCUAUACAACAAUAUGGCAUGAAACCACAUGAUAUUUUUGAAGCAAAUGAUCUCUUUGAGAAUGGAAACAUGACCCAGGUCCAAACAUCACUGGUGGCACUAGCAGGUCUGGCAAAAACCAAAGGCUUCCAUACUACAAUUGAUAUUGGUGUCAGAUAUGCAGAAAAACAAGCAAGAAGUUUUGAUGCAGGAAAACUCAAGGCUGGACAAAGUGUGAUUGGCUUGCAGAUGGGAACCAAUAAAUGUGCCAGCCAGGCAGGCAUGACUGCCUAUGGGACUAGGAGACAUCUCUAUGAUCCAAAGAUGCAAACCGAUAAGCCGUUUGACCAGACAACAAUUAGCCUGCAGAUGGGUACUAACAAAGGGGCUAGUCAGGCUGGGAUGCUUGCACCAGGGACAAGACGAGACAUUUAUGACCAGAAGCUCACUUUACAACCCAUGGACAACACCACUAUUUCACUACAAAUGGGCACCAACAAAGUGGCUUCCCAGAAAGGGAUGAGUGUGUAUGGGCUUGGACGGCAAGUGUAUGACCCCAAGUAUUGUGCUGCACCAACAGAACCUGUCAUUCAUAAUGGGAGCCAAGGAACAGGAACUAAUGGGUCAGAAAUCAGCGAUAGCGAUUAUCAGGCAGAAUAUCCAGAUGAAUACCACGGCGAAUACCAAGAUGAAUAUCAGAGAGAUUACCACGGUCAGUACAGUGACCAGGGCAUUGAUUAUUAGAUUUGCCUCAAAAGCUCAGUAUUAGUUUAUUAUUUUAUUCAGUAAAAAACGAAACUAGCCUUGUGGAAUUGUUACCAGUUUUCUUUACACAUUAUGCUUCAUGUACCUAAGGAAAUAUUGCCUUACAUAACAUUCCUUUUUCCUUUCUCUGCCCUUUCCUUCUCUAGUUGCCUUUAGUGCUGUAACAGUUGCAGUUUACAGCAUAACCAAUAACUGCAUAUAAAGUAAAAAGGAAUACUGUGAAAGGGGAGUUCUCUUAUACAGCCAAGUCUUUUAAUAAAAAAAACUAUGCAUUUUUUACAAUCGCGUUCCGAAAUAGGCAUUUUACUUUUGUGCAUAAUGUUAAUUGUGGACUAUGCCACCAAAACUGAGGUUGUGGCUUAUUACUUAAAAAAGAUUUUUUUUGUCUGUUCAUAGUACCUGCUUGCUAAUGUCUGAACUGACAGUAGACAUAAGUGUGCAUUUGUGAUUGUAUGUGUUCCAUUCCAGUAUCUAAAUUGACCAAACUUACAGAAAGAGCGGUCUUGCUUAAAAGGAAGCUUACAUAAAUUUCUGAGCCCACAGAAGUCUCCAUGUUUUGACGGUGCGUUGACUUCUAUUUCCUGUGCCAUAAUGUAUCCAUGUAGAAUUGCCUUUUCUUUGAAUUGUAUUUAUUGCCACAUUUCUCAUCAUAAACUGAUCGUUGUAUUUUUUAUAAAUAAAUUUUGUUUUCUUGAA